AUGGCCCCAGCACGCGCUAAGAAGACGGUCGACGUGGCCGAGAAGUUCGUUUCGGCGCCGGCGCUGGAGAAGACGCGCAAGGCAACGGCGUCGGCGAAGCUCACGCCGCAAGCGGUGACACCAUUGGCGCUGGCCAAGCCUGCUCGGGCAGUGACACCUGUGGCGCAGGCCAAGCCCGCUCGACCGGCGCUCAAGCGUAGCCUCCCGCCGCCCGUGCAAAACGACGACGACGACAAUGAAAACGACGACGACGAUGACGACGACGAUGAAGAAGAGACCAAGGUGGACGCGGCGCCGGCAAGCACUCGUGCGGCGGCGGCCAGCCAAGCGCCGUCGGCGACGCCGCGCAGCCUUCACGACGACUUUAUCAACUUGAUGAAGGUGCAAGGCCUCGAGAAAAUGGCGACCGACGCCGGUCUUCUCAAGGACGGCCAGUUCCGCGACCUUAAGCGCGAGUGGGAUUCGAUGAACCAGUCAUUUUUGCCGCUCAAGAAGGCCGACGCGUCGGCGUCGCUGCCGUUCCCGACGCCCACACCCAAGAAGAAGAAGGCACCACGCGCCAGCGCCGUGAGUGCUGUCUCGGAGAAGGGCAGCAAGGGUCUCCGUCACUUUAGCAUGAAGGUGUGCCAGAAGGUCGAAGAGAAGCACGUGACGUCGUACAAUGAAGUUGCCGACGAGCUCGUGCACGAGUUUGUGACGAUGCGUCCGUCCGACUCGGUGUACGACGAGAAGAACAUUCGGCGCCGCGUCUACGAUGCGCUCAACGUGCUCAUGGCGAUGGACAUCAUCUCCAAGGAAAAGAAGGAGAUUCGCUGGCGCGGCUUGCCCUCGAACGCGAAACAAGACCUCGAGCUGCUCACCAUGGAGAAGGCCCAGCGGCUCAAAAGCAUUGAGCAAAAGAAGCAGCAGCUCCAAGAACUGCUCUUGCAGCUCCACAAGGCGGCGCCGGCCGACGUCAAGGACCUCGUGCCCGAGAAGCUGCUCCGGUACCUUCCGCCCGGGUACCUCACCAAGGCGUGA